AUGCCCGAGAUCCGCGAUGACAAGGCCCAAUAUGUGGUACCUUUCAUCCUUUCCCUACUUGCCGAGUACCAAGAGGCAUAUGCGACGUCCCCGAAUCCACCACCCUUCUUCAUUGGCCUGAACGGUGUUCAAGGGGCAGGAAAGACUGUCUUGGUGGACAUCUUAAAGAGCACCUUGUCGUCUCCGCCCCAUAAUCUUUCCGUGGUGGUCUUCUCCCUCGACGACCUCUAUCUGACGCACGCAGACCAAGUGGCGCUGGCACAGUCACACUCAGACAACCCGCUGUUGCAACACAGAGGACAGCCGUCAACGCAUGACAUUCCCCUGGCGCUCUCAGUGUUUGCGAGUCUGAAGCAAAACAAGCUCACUAAAAUCCCGCGAUACAACAAGGCUGCGUUUUCGGGCCAGGGAGAUCGUGUCCCCGAGAGCGAGUGGGAGGAGGUUAACACCGAUCCCUCCAACCCAGUCCGCGUGGUCUUGUUUGAGGGCUGGUGCGUCGGGUUCCGGCCCCUGGCCCAAGAAGCCUUGGAGUCCAAGCACGCGGCGGCCGUGGCGGCUUUGCAGAACUCCACGACCGACAACCCGUACCACGGCCGUCUGGGCCACAACACCCUCAAAUCCAUCACGACCAUCAACGAAGCUCUUCACAAAUACGACGAAAUAACCACGCAGCUGGACGCCUUCAUCCACAUCGACGCCCUAGACCCGCAGUAUGUGUACAAGUGGCGCUUGGAGCAGGAGGCCGGCCUCCGCGCGACAAGGGGGAGUGGGAUGACGGACGAACAGGUCAAGCAUUUUGUAGACGGCUACUAUCCAGCGUACGAGCUGUACACGGACACGUUGAGGCAGGGGGUGUUUAAGGGCAUCAAGGACCACUGGCAGGGCAAGCAGCUGCGGUUGGUGGUCGGGGAGGAUCGCAAGGUGAGGGAGGUAGUGAAGAUAUAA